GAGAAAAGUCGUAGAUAGAAGAAAAGUCCGGUUUGUUGAUGAAAAAGAGAAUUCAAUAAUCAAUUAUAAAUAAAGCUAUAGAAAACAGCAAUGGCCUUUAGUGAAGGUGAAGUUUGUAGAAUUUGUUUAAGCGUUAAUAUACGCAUGUUUGCACUAAAGGAAACUGGCCUCCAAAAUUUGUAUAAGACAUUGACGAACAGUUUUUUGGAUGAGAUUGAGUGGCCAAUAAUUGUUUGUUUCACCUGUCAUGCAAGACUCAUUCGUUGCAGAAGAUUACAACAACAGGCUAUUGAGUCAAAUGUGGUUCUGGAGCAGUUGCUUUCAGGAGGAUCCAUGUCAAUACCAAAACCGCAUAAGGUUAGAGAUGAGAUUAAAUUCGCACCAAUUUAUCAUAUAGAUAUCUGGCCUGUAGAGUGUGAUAUAGACAAUGAUUGCAAGGACGAAAUUUUUUGCCUUGAUGCCGUUAAAGUUGAGGAAGAGAUUUUCGAAUAUGAGAAUUCCAAAUUUGAAGAAAAUGAGAAUCAUGUAACAGGUAAGAUAUACCCCUUUUCUCGAUAUUAUUAAAAUAAGGUACAAUUUACCUUAUGGCAAGUGGUUACUGUAGCCCGUAGACACAAAAUAAAGAGGGCUUCGUGUGUAAUGUACUGAUUAACUGAUUUGCCUUUGUCUAAAUUCAAAGUGCACGUCAAAAGCACUCUUAUUAAUACAUUAAAAAAAUAUUUUUACCCUGUCAGCUAGUAUGUAUGUCACUAAGAUACAUACUGGUAAGCAACCAAUUAUCUUUGCCAUCUUCUUAGUGUCAGUACUAGGUGGUGUGACACCAUGUUUGCCUAGGAGUUGAUCUAUUUGUGCCUGCCUAGUUGGACUCCUCCCUCCUCCUCAUACCUAUUUCUGCCGUCAAAUAGCAGUGCAUGCACUGCUGUGUUCCAUUCUGAUGGGUAUAGAGUCAGAAUAAUCACAGGGUGUGGGUUGUUCCAUUUUAGUUGUGGUAGAACCAUGCUGCAGCUACAUUAGUUGUAUAGUUAUAGCACAAAUGGGUCGGCUCGACCGGGGAAGGACCACGCUCUCACAGAAUACCAGCGUGAAAUAGCAGCUUAACACUGCUGUGUUUCGUGUGGUGAUUGUAGAGAACCGGAUACCCUUUUUACUGGAAAAGAGGCAUUCCAUCGUAGUCCUCAUGGGUGACAAUGCAUCUGCAUUUUGAUUCUUUAUUGAGGACAGAUGUAGAUGUCUAUGGGUCACAGCGACCAUUUACCAUCGUGUGGACUGUGUGCUCGUUUGUCACCCUAUCCUAUAAAAAUUAAAAUUAAAAGAUGAGCGCAUUGCAUCAUUAAAUCUUCAUCAUUACAGCCUUCACAAGUCCACUGCUGAACAUAGGUCUCAGCCACGGAAUGCCACAAAGCACAGGAACCCAUUGCCUUCCUGCAUUUCUUACCAGUUCAUCAUACCAUCUAAUGGAGGGCCGCUCUACACUUUGUCUACUGGUACGAGGCUGCCACUCGUAAAACUUCCUCAUUCAUUGUCAUUUCUUCGAGCUAUAUGGCCGGAAUUUCAAAUUACAAAGAAUUAAUUCAGCAUUUGAAACCAUGAUGUUGAAAGUAACUACAACAGAAGUGAGACGACGGGCCCGUGCUUGUGUUAGUAAUCGCUUCAAUUAUUUUGAGCAUCAACAAAUAAAUAAUUAGAAUUUUUAUUAGUCUGUCUAAAAAUUUAAAUUUUCUACCUCAAUCUGGUUUUAGGGGACAAUUGAAGAAAAAUUUGUAACAAAUGCGUGUCAGUUAUACCUCAAAUGAAAGAGUAAUAACCAAGCAUGUUCUUCUUCUUCUUCUUUCUUUUUUAUGGUGGUUUUGAUCAUUCGCCAAUGUCAGCGUGAAAGCGUUUAUUGAGUAGAAGCUCAGUAGUUACAAAUACUAUGCCCAUAUACAAGAGAAGAUUGUGAUAGUACAAGUAUCUUUUUUCCUUUAAACCAAUUUUUUCCCCUUUUAUCUUGUAGUACUAAUGGUUAUACUGUUGAAUUACCUAGAACAAAUGACAAACACGGUUGCUAUAACUACAUUAGUAUAUUAGUAUUGACAAACAUUAAACUUUUAUACCAUUAGUGUUAAUAAAAUCACACAGAAUAUAUACAUAAGCCUAUUUGUGUAGGUUAUAAGUGAAUCAAAAUUUAUAAGACGAGGAAUGUCAGGAGGGAGAUGAUCAUAGAGUUAACAAGAUAAUUUAGGACAGUUAAAAAAAAUAUGGUCGGAGGUUCCCUCAUCCAACCCACAUUCGCAGAGGGAACUAUCCCUAAUCCUCAGUUUGGCCAAAUGUACUGGUGUACAAGCGUGGCCAAUUCUAAGUCUACAAAUAGUUGAUGUAGAAUGUUUAUUAGCUUUAUUGAAUUUGAAAAACCAUGGUUUUGGAGGGAUGGCACAUUGUAUAGCAGCAUAGUGUUUACCUUUUAUAUUUUGAGUGGCUUUCCAUAAUGUAUUCCAAUUAUUAUUUAACUUCUUCUUUGCAAGUAACACUAUGUCUGAGGAGUAAGUUAAAUUACAUGGCAAACCAUUUCGACUGGCAUUUUUAGCCAUCAGAUCAGCUGUUUCAUUGCCCUUGAUGCCACUAUGACCUGGAAUCCAAGCUAAGGAAACCUGUAUGCCCUUGAGAUGACAUCUAUACAAUGUGUGUUUAAUUUUGAGGAUCAAGGGUAUCUUAUAUUUACUUUGGAAUUGGUUUGACAAAAUUGCUAACAAACAACUUUUGGAGUCGGUAAGAAUAACUGACUUAUUUAAGUUGUGUGCUUCUAUAUAUAUUAAAGCUUCAUGAAUUGCCGUGGCCUCGCCAGUAAAAGUGGAAGAAAUAGAAGGCCAUUUAAAAUUAAGAAUUAUUUUGAAUCUGGGAAUCCAAACUGCUGCUCCAGUACAACUUUCAUCUGACUUUUUGGAGGCAUCAGUGUAUAUAAUAAGCCAGCCUUUCCAUAAAUUAUCUAUGACUCUACUUACUUUACUAUUUGCUAUAGGGCAAUCUUUCUCAAUACCAAGGUCGAGGUGGAUAUUUGGUUGGAAAAUGAUUGCAUCAUAUGGGAUAUCAAAUAUGGGGCAGGACUUGAAUUGUGAUACUGGGUAUGGUAGGUGGAGUAAUGUUACCAAACUGUUGGAUAAGCAGGGAGAUUCUUUAUGAGUCCAGUAAUGUUUUGAUGAAAUAUAUUCCAAAAGGAGGUGUAGUUUAGAAAUGAGAGGGUGGGAAGAGAGUUGGUAGAUUUUAAAAAAGUAUCGGUCCGAAAGAUAUUGCCUUCUUAGAUAAAGGGGAGGGUCCACACAUUCAACUUGGAGAGCAUUUAUUGGGGAAGAUUUCAUUGCCCCGAUGAUUAUACGAAGGCUUUUGGAUUGAAUCCUGUCUAGGAUCUUUAGGGAAGACUUAUUGCACGGUUCCAAAACAAAACAUCCAUAAUCUAAAUGACUACGGAUAAGGGCGUUGUACAGUAUUUUUUGGGAGAAUGGGUGGGAGCCCCACCAGACACCCGAUAAAGCGCGAAGAAUGUUUAUAUUUUUUUCACAUUUUUUUGAGACAUAGUUGAUGUGAUGAGAAAAGGCUAGUUUGGAGUCAAGAAUAACUCCUAAAAAUUUUACAUUCUCCCUAAUUGGGAUAGGUUCAUUAUUAUAGAGAAUGUUGAUUUCAGGGACUUGCCUAUGGCGAGAGAAGAUUACAGCACUGCUUUUGGGAACAGACAAAGACAAACCAUGAUCAGUUAACCAAUCCUGUAAAUAAGACUAAUCUAACAAUAAAUUAAAGUACCAUCAGUUUUUUUUAACGUAGUGUCAAAAAUGUUUAUUAUUUAAAAUGUUAAUUAUACUUCGUUGCUGCAUCCUAUGAGAUUUAAUAAACUAUGUAGUCCGCUUUCUGUCGUACUGCAUCAUCACACAAAUUUUAGAUAUUAUUUUUACAAAAAAUUCAAUAAUAAAAAGAUAGUCUAUUGACUUUUGCACGCCACUGUCAGCCUGCUGUGCCGGCCGGGCGUUUCGAUCAUUCGUUUUCUGUGUGUUGCAUCAUCCGCAUGUGCGCCGCAACAAACAACAAAUAAGAUUUGUUUAGUUAAGUUUAAGUAAAAAUUAAAAAAUAAAAAGAACAAGUGAGAAGACUGCUGACAAAAUUAG